AUGUCUCUGGCCGGGUGGGUCCUGUGGUACAGCGGAAACAUCGACGGUCUGACCUCCAGGAAGGAGCUCGGGCACAUCGGCAGCGCCGUGGACCGGCUGGCUCGCAACCUCAGCCGCAAGAUCCGCACCUACAGGGGCCACCUAGCGCUACAAAGCCUCGGCAGCCAGCCAGAUGGCAAAAUCCAAAUCACCUGCGGAGCCGCGGACGGUGCCAAGAAGGGAGGCCGGGCGCUCCAAGUUGGGCCUCAGCACAGUGGCGCCGUGUCAAAGGAGAUUCUGGAAGACCUGAAACUCAACACCAAGUUCACAGAGGUUGAGAUCGCCCAGUGGUAUAACAACUUCAAGAGGCAGUGUCCAACGGGGCGCAUCUCUAAAGAAGAGUUUCAGAACAUCUACAGCAAGUUCUUCCCGGAGAGCGACGCCGACACGUAUGCCAAACACGUCUUCCGCUCCUUUGACACGAACGACGACGGCACGCUGGACUUCAAGGAGUACAUCAUCGCUCUCCACAUGACGUCGACAGGCAAGACCACCAGGAAGUUGGAGUGGGCCUUCUCGCUGUUCGACGUGGACAAGAACGGAUAUAUCACCAAGUCGGAAGUCAAGGAAAUCUGCACGGCCAUUUUCAAGCUGAUUCCUAAAGAUGAGCUGUCUUCUUUGGCUGACGAUGAAAACACAGCUGAGAAGAGGGCAGAUAAACUCUGGAAUUUCUUUGAAAAAGGCGAAAACGAUCGAGUGGCGGAAGGCGAGUUCAUCCAGGGAGUGUUGGACAAUGACGACGCUCUUCGUUUGAUUCAGUAUUCACCCUCGAAGUAA